CACCAAUCUGCGAACACACUCUCCAUUCCCUAAUGUCAGUCCCAUUAGAGCCAGCAUCCUCGGCCAUCUGCGCCGUGACUCAUUUGACUGUCAUGUCACCCCAUUUACAGGCCGUGUUUGGAAGCCUCCCCCUCAGCCUCGCCCCAGGAUACCAGACCUCCUCCUCUGGCAGUGUCCCCUGCCGGGGUGCGGCUUAAGGAUGGAGACUGGACAAUGCUGCUCCAAUGUCCCAAACCCCGCCUCCCCCACCCGUGAUCAUCUUCCCCAGAGAUUUACUGCAAAGAGAGGAUGGGGGGGAGCAUCUGUUCCCCGAGCCUUUUUCUUUCACCCACAGGCCUUCCCUCUCAAUCAGUGUCUUUUGAUAUACACCCUCUAGUCGCAGUAAGAAGCAAGACAGAGCCAAACCAGAGCCCAGAUCACACUCAGCAAACCUGUGAGAUGCUCAGGAACCACCUGAUGGGUCAAUACUUGUAUAUGUAUGCGUGCAUGCAUACAGAAGCAUCCACACAAAUGUGCUGAAGCGUUGAGAUGGCUGAAGGAAGUGGUUUUAAUUCAGCACAUUCAGGAGGAGUGUGAGAGAUUGUGAAAGAUAUUAAAUGACCUUUUGGUGAUUUUCAGCAUUCAGACAAACCAGUGUGUUAGGACGCGUCCCACUCAUCAUCACUGGAUAGCCCAUGCACGACACCAUGGGUAGCUCCCCCGAGGUGCUCUCGUGGACUUCCUGCCCCAGUCUGCUGGUGGGCAAGCUGAAGGAGGAGCUCAAACUCACCGUGGUUGGCGACACCAUGAAGAAAUCAAACUCGCCCAACUCCCAACCUCAGCCUCCUCAGGCCCCUCCGUCCAACUUACCUCCUCAGAUCAUCACAGACCUGGCCCCGCCGACACAUUUGCCCGUUCCCCUGCAGACGCCCGGCCAGGAUGAGGACUCUGUGCUGGGGGGUAUAACUCCCCAAAACAUAGCCUUGAGUGUGGACUCGACACGGAGCGAGGGUGGGCACUUUGAGAACAGCGUGCUCCAGCUGCAGGAGCAGGACCACGAAGAAGCCGGAUCGCCGGCAUCCUGUGAGCACGGCGGCGGGUGUGGCAGUGGGAUGGAGGAGCAGAUCGGAGAAGGGGACUGUCCCAUCGACCACAGUGGAGAGGGGAGGCAGAGCCACCCCCAUCACCCUGAUGACAUAAAGCUGCACUUCCACAGAGCAGGACCCGGGUCAGGUGGCUUCUUAGAGGGGCUGUUUGGCUGUCUUCGGCCUGUCUGGAAUAUCAUAGGGAAGACAUACUCGACAGAAUACAAGCUACAACAGCAAGACAUGUGGGAGGUUCCAUUUGAGGAGAUUUCAGAGUUGCAGUGGUUGGGCAGCGGUGCACAAGGAGCCGUCUUCCUGGGCAAGUUCCGCUCGGAGGAGGUGGCCAUCAAGAAGGUGCGCGAGCAGAAGGAGACGGACAUUAAACACCUGCGGAAACUCAAGCAUCCAAAUAUCAUCAGCUUCAAGGGUGUGUGCACCCAGGCACCGUGUUACUGCAUUAUCAUGGAGUACUGUGCCCAGGGCCAGCUGUAUGAGGUGUUGAGGGCGGGGAGAAAAGUGACCCCCAGGAUGCUUGUGGACUGGGCCUCAGGCAUCGCCAGCGGCAUGAACUACCUACACCUGCAUAAGAUCAUCCACAGAGAUCUCAAGUCUCCCAAUGUUUUGGUGACCCACAACGACACUGUGAAAAUCUCAGACUUUGGAACAUCCAAAGAGCUCAGUGACAAAAGCACAAAGAUGUCAUUUGCGGGUACGGUGGCCUGGAUGGCCCCAGAAGUGAUAAGAAAUGAGCCUGUGUCUGAAAAAGUAGACAUCUGGUCAUUUGGAGUUGUGUUGUGGGAACUUCUGACCGGAGAGAUUCCCUACAAAGAUGUAGACUCCUCGGCCAUCAUUUGGGGUGUUGGCAGCAACAGUCUCCACCUUCCUGUCCCCUCCACCUGCCCGGAUGGCUUCAAAAUCCUCAUGAAACAAACAUGGCAAGGCAAGCCCAGGAAUAGGCCUUCAUUUCGUCAGAUCCUCCUACACCUCGACAUUGCCAGUGCUGAUGUCCUAGGAGCUCCUCAGGAGACCUACUUCAAGUCUCAGUCAGAAUGGAGAGAGGAAGUGAAGAAACAUUUUGAGAAGAUCAAAAGUGAAGGCACUUGUAUCCACAGGCUGGACGAGGAGCUGAUCCGACGCAGGCGGGAUGAACUCAGGCACGCUCUUGACAUCCGAGAGCACUAUGAGAGGAAACUGGAGAGAGCCAACAAUCUCUACAUGGAGCUCAGUGCCAUUAUGCUGCAGCUAGAAGUCCGAGAGAAGGAACUAAUGAAAAGAGAGCAGGCAGUGGAGAAGAAAUAUCCCGGGACCUAUAAGCGCCACCUGGUCAGACCCAUUGUCCGGUCCAACGCCGUAGAGAAGCUCAUCAAGAAGAAAGGAAGCAUUUCCCACAAACCUGGGAUGCCCCCCACUAAAAGGCCAGACUUGCUUCGUUCUGAUGGCAUCCCCAGCGUCGACCCUCUCCCCUCCCCCUCUCCACUAUCAGCUAGCCCAAAGGUCUCCACACCUCCUGGCAAAGCCCGGUACCGAAGCAAGCCCCGCCAUCGCCGCGCCAACAGUAAAGGAAGUCAUAGCGAGUUCCACGGGCUGCUGAAGACUCUCGCUGGGGCACAAGAAGACACCCAGUCUCUUCAGGAGCAGCAGUUCCUCCAUCACCACCACCACCUACCAACAGAGGGGCCCUUCCUCCCUUUGAAGGGUCGUGAGGAGGCCGUCGUCAACUGUGCCAACAACCUGCGCUACUUCGGCCCCGCCGCUGCCCUCCGUAGCCCUCAGACAGACCACCUGCAGCGCCGCGUUUCUGGUUCCAGCCCUGACAUCAUAUCAACCGCCGUGGAUGCAGACACACGACAGCGGACUUCAUCCACUGGCUCCAAUCCUGUCUCGGGUGCUGGUGCUGGGUCUUUGUGUCCCUGCUGCCAGGCUCACCCCUUCCCUGGCUGCCUACACUGUCAGGAGACCCCUCCUGCGUCGAGCCAACCAGAGUUGCCCCACUACUCACUGCUCAACACCCAGGAAGGCACCCCAUCUUCUUUAGGGGCUCCCAGCAAAGAUCCAUCCUUGGACAGAGAGUCCACAAAGAAGGCUGAGCCACAGGAACAAGAGGCAUCCCAACACACUCACACCCUGCCCACUGCACUGCCCCGCACUCUCAGACCUCUCAGGAAGGGUGGCGAUGAGUCAUCUGAAGAGGAAGAGGGGGAGGUUGAUAGUGAAGUGGAGUUUCCAAGGAGACAGAGACCUCAUCGCUGCAUGAGCAGCUUCCAGUCCUACUCCACCUUCAGCUCAGAGAACCUGUCGGUGUCUGAUGGAGAGGAGGGAAACACCAGCGACCACUCCCACAGUGGGCCUCUCGAGAGGCUGAGCGCUAGUCAGGAGGAGCACCUGGACGAGCUGCUGUCGCACACACCCGACAUCCCCAUCGACAUCUCCACCCAGUCAGACGGCCUCUCUGACAAGGAGUGCGCUGUCCGCAGGGUGAAGACCCAGAUCUCACUGGGAAAACUGUGCUCUGACGAACACAGCUAUGAGAAUCCGCUACAGUUUGGGGACUCGGACUGUGAUACGUCAGAAGCAGAGUGCUCCGAUGCCACCAUUAGAAACAAGAAAGUCGGGGCCCCUUCCUCGUGGUGAAACCCGCCCAAGGGCUGGGUUCCAUUUUUGCCUGGAGGCCAUCGUGUCCCACUCUGCCCUGCAGAAUAUACAGCAAUAAGAGGAUGGCAUUGUAAACAAAGCUCCCUAUAGCAAAGUCCCCAUGCAAUCUCUCCCAGAACCCCCCCUCCACCCCUACCUUCUCUUCAUAAAAUCCAGUCUCCCUCAUUUCUAGCACAACAUCCAGGCAACCCAUGGCAGGGAUUCCCUUUUGAAUGAUAAUGUACAGUAGAUAGUGUAACAUUCAUAAUUUAUUUUUGUCUGAGUUUUGAAGGAUAAUUCAGGACCACUGUAUGUUUUCUGAUCCGAACGGAGAAAAAAAAAAAACUGACAUUUUGAAACUGAGCAUGGGCGAACUGUUUGUUGGGGAGAGACUGAGACUGGACAGAGAUGCAGAUGAUGAGAAGGAGGAUGCGUUAAAGUGCUGCUGUAUAGGACGUGGAGGACUAGCAGUGUGGAGUUGCAUCACUGCGAUUGUUGGACGUAGGAGUGACGCUGAUCUGGCUUUGGUUGUUCUCACCAUCUUACUGUUUUAGACUGAAAUCCCUAACCAACAAGGACUCCCUCUUACUAACGAAAGACCAACCUGCUUUAUCAUGAGUUUACAUUGCAGAGCCCCAAUACCCACACUUCCGUCCCGUCCCCACCAAUGUUGAGUGGGGAUCAGGGAGCUCAUGAAAACAGUGUGAACACCAGCAUGAACAACCGGCCUCCCUCCCUCCUCAGAGCCAACACACGUGUCUAGUCAUCAGGAUCCCCGCUGAACUGUCCUAGCAUGCCUGAGCAGCUUGCAAAAUGCAAUAGCUGCCAGAAGACUGCAUGAAGUGGACAAGCUAGCAGAGCAACAGAGAUGAAGAGUCAGCUGACAGCAAAGGAAAAGAUAAAAAAAAUAAAAAAAAUACUCUUCCUCUGCGACCCAGCUCAUCCUCCUCCAAGACACGCCAAUGUCAUUUUCAUCAUCAGACGUCAUGACCCAGAGUAGUUGAGGGAGGUGUGUGUGUGUGUGUGUGUGUGUGUGUGUGUGAUGACACGAAGCCCUUUCCUCUCCAUUAGACAUUACAGUUUCAAGUCUCAUCUCAGGAUCGUUCGAGGAGAAACUGGACUGGACCAAUUAUUGUAUGUUGGAACAUUCUUUGAGUGGAAUAUAUAUAAUGGACCAUGCAGGAAUAUUAUUUUUUUUAAAAAAGAAAAACCAUCUUACAGGUAGCCGUGAUGUUCAACCCUUUAUUGCUGUAACUGACUUUAUUAUGUAGAGAUGUAAGCAUUUUUAGUUGCAAUCCAGGUGCAGUAUCCCAUUUCUUGACAAAGUGCAGCGUAUCCCAUGUACCAUUUUCUAGCAGGGUAAAUGUAUACUGUCUAAUAAGCAGUGUCCAGAAACAUGCUAAUUGUUUUUCCUGUGCUGUAGUGAAUAAAAACAGCAAUAACAUAUGUUGGUGCUCAGGUGAAAAAGAAGUUGCUUGCUCAGGAUCCGAGGCGUCUAGCUGGCUAGACACAAUGCAGUGACUGGUGGCUAGAGGAGAGCAGCAAGUGUCAAACAGCUUAUUAUAGAUGCUAUAUUUAAAAAAAAAAAAAAGUCCAAUUUUUUGAACUCAUCUUUCCAGGGAACGGUGGGGUGGGGGUUGGGGGGUUGAUGCUCAGGUUUUAUGUUGCCGCUUGCUAGCAGGAGCAAUAUAUCAAUAGCCACUAGAUGGCGACAGUUACAAUGACUUACUUUUCCUUAGCAAGUAAAUAUCCUGGCACCAUUACUUUUUUCUCCCUAACCAAAAUAAUUUAUCCCAUGACUAUCCAAAUCCUAGAAUCCCAGCAAUAUCACUCUUUUUUUUGUCUUUGGUUGUCUUUGAUAAAGGAUACUGCAUCUGUGAGAGCUUUAUUUUUCUCCCUGUUAGUGUGUUUGUCAUCCACCUUAAUAACUUUGCGGUUAAAAAAAAAAAAAAAAAAAGCCAGCCACGGUUGAAUUUAACAAUAAUGAUGUCAAGAUGUCAGCUCAAGUGUACGCAGACGGCUGAGAUUCUUAAUUAGGAAUAUAAGCCAGAGACAAGGCCACAGAGCAAUUAAGCUGCUCACGGUUUUCAACAACCUUGUCUCAGUGUUAGUUACUCCUGUAUAUAAACAUCUGUAAAUGUAAUGUAACCUGUUUUUGUCCUCUUUAACGUAUAUAUAUCACACAGCUCUGACAGAGCCUCGAGCUUCUGUCGAUGACGACCAGCCGACUGGCUGAAAAUGAGCAGGAAAUUCUUUUAUCUGUGUUACAUCAGUAUUAAACACUGCAGGAGGGUGUGAGACAUAAGAACCGAGUAGCACAAGGUAAAUCUGAAACCGUACUGAUGGAUAAAGGACCUUUUUGCUCAAAAGCUUUGAGAAGGCUUACACCUGGUAGUGAGAGCAGCUGCUGCCUUUCCUCAAGCCUCCUUCAACCUUCUUCACUCUGUUUACGUACGUGUGAAAUAACCUAGUGUAUCGCAAUGACUGGGUAAUCCGAUCAAGCUGUUAAUAACAUUAUCUUUCUGGCAUAUAUCCUGUGAAGUAUGAUUGUUGUAAAGGUUUAAUUUAAUUUUGAUUCUUCUUGUUUUUCUUUGUAGCUGGCCUACAUGAUUAUUGAAUUAAUUUAUUAUGAAUGACUGGUAAGGUGUUGUGUUCUUUUUAAUUUCAGGCAGCUUUAGAAAUGUCAUGACCUACAAUUUUUCCUGAAAAGUAUUAUUUAAAGGAAGCACAAUGAAUUGGAAUGGGAAGAGGACAGUGUUUGUAUGGUGAAGCAAAAGCAGACAUCUACUCUUAUUUUUUUUAUCUUUGUGACCCUCCAGGGGACCAUUCAUUGUUUAGAUUGUCAUUGCAGAUGAAGUAUUGAUUUAACAGAUUUAUCAGUAAUUAGCAUCAUCAAGUGUUCCUAAAGCUUUUUUAUCUCGACAUGGGCUAUAAGGGACCACUUGAAGCCAGCCAGUCCACUGACUGUCACGUCAGAGUAAAAACUGAAGGUAUGUGGGAUGAUGAUUUCUGUACUUGUGCAGAGAUCCCUUCCUUUCAUUUUUAAUCAAAAAUACCAGUUACUUACAUUUGAAUUUCUGUGAAAUUGUCUCUAACUGUGGACAUCAUGUUGCCUCAUCCCAUGUAUCAAACUUUUUUUUUUUUUGUUAUGCUCAUUUUCACAUGUCCCUUUCCUGUUGAUUGGCAUUAUGAUCAACCCAGUCCUGUCAGUUUCCUGUAUUAUCCAAUGCAUACAGUGCAAUGGGCAUCUGGGAGAAUAAAAUCAGAGCAAACAACUGCAUGGAAUAAAUGCUGAUGUACUGUACCCAA